CCUGCUGCCUGCAGGUCAUGCCCUCUACAGCUGGCCCUGCGGCUGUACCAUCGGCCUGCAUCCACUUCCAGCCUUCAGUCAGGAGGCCUAGGCCUGAGGUUUGUUUCUCUGGAAAGCCCUGGGUCCAGAGGCGUGUGGAGGGCCCAUUUUCCCAGCAGUCUGUGGCUGGGGGACUGAGCUGCAGCCUGGUGACUCCCCAAGAAAAGGGAGGGGGAGUCUUACUCUAACAUCCCAGUGCCGAGGUGACGGGCCUGCCCUUCAUUUCCAAUGCGCUGGGGCUGGAACCCAGGACUUGAGAUUUCUGAUGGCUUGUGGGUGCCGUGUAAAUAAAGGAGAAGAAGGCUGGGCGGUCGGGGGGCAGAGGCAGGUGGAUCAGGUCAGCCAGAGUGCUCACACAGAGGAACCCUGCUGGAAAAAAAAAAAAAAAGAAAAGCAACAUUCAGUGCCCCUUCCCCAUAGUCGGCCUCUUAUGUCCAGAGUUCCUGUCUCUGGAGCAGUAGUCUAUUGAACUGUGCUUAAAGGGGCCCUGCCAGUCAUAGCUGGUCACAGGAGGACAAGGUCGUUUGUAACGGAAGGAGACUGGGGAGUUGGGGGCUAUUCACUUCUAGUUAAGAUGGUAAGAAAGUGGGAACUGGGGAGAUGGCUCAGAAGUUCUGAUUGGAUUUCUCACAACCACGUGGUGGCUCACACCCAUCUGUAAUGAGAUCUGCUGCCCGUUCUGGGCUGUAGGCAUAAAUAACAGGCAGGACACCGACCAUAAUAAUAAAUCUUUUUGUUUUAAUAUUUAUUAUAUAUACAAUAUAAUGUAUGUAUGUAUGCCUACAGGCCAGAAGAGGGCACCAGACCUAAUUACAGAUGGUUAAAUCUUUAGGAGAAAAAAAAUGUUAAGUAAGGUGAAAGGUGGUGGGGAUGUGCACACAUUUAGUCAUCACUCUGGGACAAAGGUGGACUAAUCUUGGUGAGUUCAAGCCCAGCAUGGUAUACAAAGUAAGUUCCAAGACAACCAGAGCUACAUAGUGAGACUUUCCUCAAAAAAAAAAAAACACCCUUAGGCCAUCAAGAGUUCCAGUCCAGACCCACGUGAUGGGAGAACUUGGCCCUGCAAGUUGCCUCUAUCGGAGUUAGGUGUCAGAACGGUGCUAAAGGAAGCAAAAGACUUGUAAAAACCAUAGGGAACUGAGCACCGGGGAUUUGGUGGUGGCUACAGUUGCUGUCCCCAGAGACACUUUCUAAAGUCACCCAGAGCAGGGUGUGAGGGAGGAGCUGUCACUUGUACUAGGUGGGUGUAACGUGGAAGGCCACCUGUCCUCACAGGAAGAAAGUGGGGAGACACAGACACCCCGGACCACACAUCUGCACCAGCAUGGAGGUCCACCAGUCCCUGCUGCUCUUGCUAGCUCUGGAAACACUGGGCAGUGCAGGCAACACAUUUGAGACCCACAUCAUUGGGGGUCGAGAGGUGGCUCCACACUCUCGCCCAUACAUGGCCUCUCUACAGAAAGACGGGUCCCAUGUGUGCGGAGGAGUCCUUGUGCAUCCAAAGUGGGUGCUGACGGCUGCCCACUGCCUGUCAGAACCGGUACAGCAGCUGAAGCUGGUGCUAGGCCUGCACCACCUCCAUGACUUGCGAGAUCCCGGCCUCGCCUUCCACAUCAAGGCAGCCAUCAAGCACCCUGGCUACAGCCGCAACUAUGAAAACGACCUGGCUCUGUUAAAGCUGGAUGGACGGUUGCGGCCCAGCAGGAAUGUCCAGCCGCUGGCUCUGCCAAGAAAGAACCAAGCCAGGCCGGCAGAAGGUGCUCGGUGCAGCAUGGCUGGCUGGGGAAGGAUCCACCAAGGUGGGCCCCUAGCCCGCGCCCUGCAGGAGUUGGAUCUGCGUGUCCUGGACACCCGCAUGUGUAACAACAGCCGCUUCUGGAACGGUGCCCUCGAGGACGGCAUGCUAUGCUUGAAGGCAGCAGCCAGGAGCCAGGCGCCCUGCAAGGGUGACUCUGGAGGACCUCUGGUGUGUGGCAAAGGCCAGGUGGAUGGGAUCCUGUCUUUCAGCUCCAAAACCUGCACAGACAUCUUCAAGCCCCCUGUGGCUACCGCUGUAGCCCCCUACAUCCCCUGGAUCAGGAAAGUCAUCCGUCGUUGGCCACCCCAUGACCUGGACACGCUCGCUGACCAGGGUGGGGAGGGACUAGGUGUACCACUGAGGACCAAUAAAUGAUGUAUUUGUUCAAUCCA